CCCGAGCGCGGCGGCGUCGUCUCCUGGCCGUGCUGCUGCCGCUAUCGCUGCCUGUCGGUCUGUCGGUCCUUCCGUCCACCCGCAGCAUGAGUGGCCUGCGCGUCUACAGCACGUCGGUCACCGGUUCCCGCGAAAUCAAGUCCCAGCAGAGCGAGGUGACUCGCAUCCUGGACGGCAAGCGCAUCCAGUACCAGCUAGUGGACAUCUCCCAGGACAACGCCCUACGGGAUGAGAUGCGAGCCUUGGCAGGCAACCCCAAGGCCACCCCGCCCCAGAUUGUCAACGGGGACCAGUACUGUGGGGACUAUGAGCUCUUCGUGGAGGCUGUGGAACAAAACACACUGCAGGAGUUCCUGAAGUUGGCCUGAGCCAAGCCCACCCAUGGUCCCCCACUGGACUCCGUCACCACAUUCCCCCCUCCUCCCCC